CAAAUAUGCAUUUAAGCAACACCACUGCUGUGAUAUGGCUUUUAUGCGCCGUUUUGGCAGUAACCGAGUCACAGACGUGUGAAGUGUGUGUGGGAUUUUUAGAGCGUCUCUACAGGUCCUUGGUGGCCACUCACAGAGAGCUGUCCUCACAACUUGUAGAGGAGGAGCUUAUGAAAGCAUGUGCUGAAGCUACUGGGAAGGAGAACCGACUGUGUUAUUACCUCGGAGCCUCCAGCGACGCAGCGGCAAAAGUGACCGGCGAGGUGAGCCGCCCUCUCAGUGCCCAUGUCCCGGUGCAGAAGAUUUGCCAGCGACUCCAACAGAGAGACCAGCAGAUCUGUGAACUCCGAUAUGAGCAUCAGGUGCUGGACUGGAGUCGAGAUGCCCUGUCUAAGAUGCGGGUGCUGGAGCUGAAGCGAGUGUUGGCCUCAUGGGGAGAGGAAUGCCGUGGAUGCCUGGAAAAGACUGAAUUGAUCGAUCUUAUCCAGGAGGUGGCCCCCAAGCACAGCCCAGCUCAGCCCGGGACACAUUCAGCUGAACUCUGAGGGCCUCCUGGUGCAGCUCCAUGCUGAGAACAUGCAAUGCUGAUCUGAAAGGUCCUCCUCGUGCAGCUCUGAGCUGAGGACACAGAGGUUCUGUGAUGUCAUUGUUGUGGUUUAGUGGUGUGACGGUUUCAUUCAGCUGUAGAGCAGGAACGAUACACGAAGCGGUCUCAGUAUCGGAGUCAAAGAAGCGCUGACCAGUUUUGUAUCCUGAAUUUUCUUUGUGAAUAAACAGAGGAAGCGCUUGAGAGUAUUACACGGUGCUGAUUGCAGCUCUUAUCAUUUGUGAGUGAACGUAUUCGGCUUGGUAUAAUUUUUCAGUGUGUCUUUCUGACAAUCAGAGAAAUGCCUAAAUGUUUUUUUUUAACGGUUGAAGUCUUAACUUGUGGGAAUCACACCCCAGCUAACCAUCCCAUACGUGGCUUUGCGUAAGUUUUCACCCCCUAUUAACUUUGACAUAUUUUGUAGUGUUACAACCUGGAACUGAAAUGAACUUAAUUGGAAUUAAUUGUCAAUUUACACAAAAUGGCCUAUAAUAUUGAA